AUGGCGACGGUGGGCGACUACAUUGGACUUGCGCUGAUCCUUGCACUGGUGUACGCGAUCUACCAGGGUUUCCAUAACUCGGGUGACGUGAAGCAGGCGCUGAGCGAGAAGAAGAAGGAACUUAAGGCCAAAGGUGUCAACAUCUCGUCCGAGGGUAUUUCCAUCCGCUCGAACCGCGCUGCGAUGGACCGCGCCUCGUACAUUGACGCGACGCAGAAGAAGUUUACCGAAGGCGGCCAGUACCUUGCUGAGCACUCGAACGCCCUCAAGUUUGGCAAGCAGUCGGAAUAG